GCUAUGAAAUUGUGUUUCUUAAGGUGAUGAGGAACAAGUUUGCUGCUGAGGAUGAGGAAGACAAUGAAGAAUAUUGUGCUUCUGAAGAUGAGGAAUUAGAUGAUGAGGAUGAUCAAAUAUUUCAUCAGAUGCAAGGUGCAAACUCACCAAGAUCUACAAGGCACUUUGCUGAAGCUUCACACUCUAAACAUGAUGAUCUUGUUGGAAAAGAUGUCAUAUUAUAUGCUAUGUUGAGAUCUGAUUUGCCUCUGGCUAAAGGGACAAUUGUUUCAAUUAAACCAAGCACCACAGUUGGAGGCCAGAUCCUUGGAAGGCAAUAUUGUGAAGUUAUUGUAACUUGUGUGCUAAAACGAGAUACAGUUUUGCCUCGCCCUUGUGCCAAUGUGGAAACUAUGGCUGAUGCUUACAUGAUGUCAGUUGCAUGGCCGUACAAGAAACUGAAGUUGGUGCAUAAGGCUGCAACACCGUCUAGUGGAGGGUGUUCUGGACAAAGAAAGCUUGUACCUUAAAACAGGAGGAUACAAGAAGCUGGAGUGGUUGUCUGAAGGCUUUUGAACUGCUUGAAGCAUUAGUGUAGCUUUGGUGCUUUUGUGACUGAUCAGCUCUGGAGCAGCUAGAGUGAUGUAGUUGUGGGCUUUUGAACAAUAGCUGGAGUGAUAUGAAAUAUUAGUGAUGUAGUUGUGGGCUUUUGAAUUGCUUCAAGCUGGAGUGAUGUCGCUGUGGUGCUUUUGUGACUGAUCAUCUCUGGAGCUUUUGUGAAUGAUCUAGCUAUCUGUAAAUGAUCUAAUUGUGAAUGAUAUUAUAAUUGUGAUGCUUUUGUGAACAUAUAAUUGUG